AUGGCAACUGCAAAAAUGAGUCGGGGUCGCCAAAGGGUAGAUAUGGUCAAAAUGACCAACGAGAACAACCUGCAGGUCACGUUCUCUAAACGUCGCUUAGGUUUGUUCAAAAAAGCGAGUGAACUCUGUACCCUAACAGGGUCAGAGCUUGCUAUUGUGGUCUUUUCUCCAGGGAGCAAGGUGUACUCUUUUGGCUCCCCCAGUGUGAGUAAGAUCUUGGAGAAGUAUGAGGCUCAAGUGCCUCAUUUCAUUGGUCCUCAGAGCUCAAUCGACAAGGUGAACCAGGCACGUUGUAGGGCUAACGAGAUUAGCCUCAAUGAAGAACUGAGGGCCCUGGAAGAUCACAUGGGCACCGUGAAGAAAAGGAGAAGCGAAUUUACAAAGAUGGUGAGAGCCAAUCAGAAUCAGUAUUGGUGGCAAGCUCCUAUUGAAGAGCUUAGCAUGGAACAACUCGAGCAGCUGAAAAUUGCUUAUGAAGAGAUGGACAAAAGAGUUCAGAUUCAAACACAAAAAGGAUUGCCUCCAAAUGCCAAUUCAUUUUCAGAUUUCAACAUCCCAGAGCCAAAUAAUCAUAAUAAUGACUCGGUAGCUUAUGAACCUCAACCACCACCAUCACUACCUCAAAACAUUCAUUAUCCACCCAUGCCAUCAGGUUCAAGUUUUGCGGAUCUAAUACUUUCAAACGAAAGCAUAUUAGUUGAGAAUGGACCCUCGUUUACUACUAAUCAGGGAUCAUCUAGGUCUGGAGCUGAUGAUUUAUCAUUUCCCUUUGCUUAUCCAAAUACAACUACUUAG